AGAGUUUAGGCGAUGGCACACCUACUUGUUUCGACAUUUCGUCAAAUCUGUGGAUUUAAUUAAUAAUGUCAUAGAAUUAAUAGGAUCUAUUGAUAUAAUUCAUUUCCAAAAUGGAGGACAGGAGUGCUCUUAUUUAUUUCCUUGUCACCACUUCAGUUUUUUUGGGCGUACAUCCAACACAUAUCUGCGACAUCGAAGAUAGAGUCUCGAACUGUAUUUUCACAGUUGUUUGUGAAAUCUAUGCUGGAAGUGCUUCAAUCUCAAGUUGUAGCUCCGAGCCUUAUGUCACGUUUGUCAUAAAGAAAUCUACGGCCAACAUUCUCAGUGCAGGCUUUUUUGGAGCAACCAAUUUUGACUCAAGAGUGAGAGUUAUUAAUGCAAGUGAAAAUAAUUGGAACACUAUUGCAGAAUCAGUUUUCAGGUACUACUCUAAAGUUCAACACAUGGAUAUUUCGAAUAACAGGAUUAAAGAUGUGCAAAAUAUGGCAUUUAAAAAUUUGAUAUACCUCGAAUCACUCAAUUUAUCGAGAAACGAAAUCAGUUAUCUUGGAGUGAGCUCACUAUACACGCAUGACAACAAAGAUUCAGAAAUAGUUUCGUUGGACCUUUCCUACAAUAAUUUAGAAUACCUACAAAGUGGCUUGUUUAAAUACAUGAAUAAAAUAAAACAGUUAGACCUGAAAUGCAACAAGAUAAAUGACUUGCCCGACGAUGUGUUUAUGAACUUAAGAAACUUAACAAGAUUGGACUUACAAAAUAAUAAUUUAACAGCGUUUAAUAUGACUUUGAUUAAUUUUAAAUCUUUGGAAUACUUGGAUGCGUCAAUGAAUAACCUUAUACGGUUGUCUGGAUAUGAAUUAAAUAGAUUAACAUCUUUAAUUUCAGCAAACUUCUCUAACAAUGUUAUUGAAACAUUGGAUUCUAAUUGUUUCAAUCAAGCUUUUAACUUAGAAGUUUUAGACCUUAAAAAUAACAAAAUAAAGUCAGUUAUAGAAAACAUAAUGCUAAUUAACAACGUCAAGUUAAGAUAUUUAGAUUUUGAAACUAAUUCUAUCACUACGAUAGAAGAUAAUGCUUUUAAGCAUAACAAUCUCAACUAUUUGAAUUUAGAACAAAAUAAUAUAUCAGGACCAAUUACGGAGUCAACAUUUGCCGGUUUGACAAAUAUAAAUGAACUUAGAUUGAAUGAUCAAAGUAUUACAUCACUAAAAGCUGGUGCUUUUUCAGACAUGGCAGCUUUAAGAGUUCUUAACCUUAGCAGAAAUAACAUAUCAAGCAUUGAUAGUUCCUGUUUUGGUUUAAUGAAAAAUUUAAGUAUUUUAGAUCUAUCACAUAAUUCCAUAUCGGAUCUACUUUUUAUUAAAAACUCAUUGAUGAAUUUAACAGAAUUGAUACUGAACAACAAUAAACUAUUAAAAAUAAGUUCGCAUCAAUUUGCUAAUCAGACUCAGUUAAAGAAACUAGAUCUAUCUAUGAAUAGCAUCAAAACUAUUGAAAGUUUUUCUUUGCCACUUGAAAAUUUACAAUAUUUAAAUGUAACGGGAAAUUAUUUAACAGGAACAAUAGAACCAGAUACUUUUAGUCCAGCUAAAUAUUUGAGAUAUUUGGAUUUAAGCAACUUUAAUUUGAAUAAAGUAAACAAUAUGUCAUUUGUUAAUUUGCCAGUGUUAGCGCGAAUGAAUCUCUCCCACAAUAAAAUAGAAAAUAUAGAAUUUAAUAACUUUAUUGGUGUAAAUAAUUUGUAUUCCUUAGAUCUUUCUCACAAUCAGCUUCAAACGUUAGAACUGACAAAUGAAUUAAAUAAUUUGAAGUCUCUGUAUUUAAACAACAAUAAUUUGAAAUGUCUCCCAAAAGUUAAUGUCUCUAGUGUUCUGUAUUUAGAUUUAUCCUACAACAGUAUUGCAAACGUGUCCGACACAUUUUUCAAAAAAUUACAAAAUCUUAAAGCGUUACAUAUGUCCUAUAAUAAAAUAACACGUUUUAACAAUAAUCAUACGAAUUCCCUAGCAGAACUUACAGACUUAAGUUUGUCUCAUAAUGAAAUAAGUAGUAUAAAUUUAAGUUUUUUUAAGGAGUUAAUUAGUUUGGACAUAAGUGAUAAUAGAUUCAACAAAAUUGACAAACAUUUCUUAAAAUAUAUGGAUAACUUACAAGCUUUGGAUUUUAGCAAAAAUAAUAUCACAGAGCUACCACCGGGGACAUUUCAGAAUAUAAAGAUUUUGAAAAUGCUCAAUUUAUCAUCAAAUCAUCUAUCCAACUUAAGAUAUGGCAGUUUCAGAGGAUUGCAUAGAACUGAAGUGUUAGAUUUAUCUAAAAACGAUAUAACAGAACUAGAUGUGGAUAUUUUUCAUGAAUGCGUAGAACUCAAGAAACUAAUCAUAGAUUACAACCAUAUUAAAUAUAUAGAUUUUGAGAGAUUAUUAUUUGUCACCCCAAAAUUGAGUUCAAUAAGUUUGGGAGGAAAUCCUGUAUCCUGUAAAGAGAUUGUCCGAAAUAUGAGAUCGGUUAAUCACACUUUUUUCCGUUCGAUGGAAGUGACAUCAAUGGAUAAGAUAUAUCACGAAGACAACGUUCACGGAAUUAAGUGUGGUAAUGCCAAUAAAAGCGUCACUCCACACAACACUAGAUCUAAGGACAAAGAAGCUAGUUCUCCACAACAUUCAUCAGCCUUAGUAUAUUUUAUUUGGUGUGCAGUCAUAAUAAUCAUUAUUAUUUUAGUAUUAAUAGGAUUUAUUUAUUUUAAGUAUUACAGGAAUCAAAACAGCGAUAAUUUUAAUGCUUUACGGUUACGGAGAUCAUUAGAACUCAGUGAUUCUAACAUUGACAAUGAUUUAUUAAGUUAGAUUUUUAUUUUAUUUUGUUAAAGCUUCUAAUAAAUAAAUGUUUUAUAAUUUUG